AUGCCGGGUUACGUGAACGAACGGAUUGAAGCGCUGAAGCGAAGGUUGACAAAGGUUUCCAAAAAGGAAGAUCCUGAGGCGAAGUUCCGCUUCCGAUUCCUCGAUGUGGAACAGAAGGCGAUCUCCGAAGCGCAGGUUUGCAGCUACCACAAUUAUCCCAUCAUCUUGAAUUAUUGUGCGACGUUCGCUGGCGAGUUGCCAACCAAGAAGGAAACGGAGGAAUGGGCUGAGGAAGAAGCUGGAGUUCUUCGGUCCUACGCCUCCUGGGCCUGCGACCGUUCUUGGUGCAACCGGAACACCAGGCGACUCUCUACAUGUAAUAUCCAGAUAUGA